UGGAACUGUUGCCGUGACGGCCUGUAUGAAGUGAAAGGUAUGAAGUACGUUGUGUCUGUAUUCCUUCACAAAGGUCAAAUCUCACACACAUAAUUGUAUGUGAUUGAUUUUUUAUUAUUAUUUUUUGCUUAGCAUUCUCUAUACUAUUUGUCUUUAUGUAGUCUCCUCAUGUUUACUUCAGUGUAACCGCUCACUGUAAAACAUAUAAAGCAGACGACACCCACAACGGAGGAAACGUGCUCACGGUACAUUUUGCUCUAAAAGAGAUACAUAGUGGCGCUUCGCUGCUAGCAGCCUAAAGUGGACACCAUGGAGACACACGGUCUAGAGCUAUGUGAAGACAGAGAGGAGACUUGCGACGUUUCCGUUAAAGGGUUGACGAAGAACUGGACCAAAUGGUCUAAUAAUCAUCAGGAGUACCAGGAACGCAAUCCCUUCAGCAACAACGAAUGGAUGCCUGCGCAGCUACAGAGAGGACAGGUGGGCUACGGAAGGCCUCCCGAGGGCUCUAAAACUGAGCAGAGAGGGAAGGAUGCUCACUCGCAUGUCAGUAGAGAGGUGCUAGAACUGUGUCUUGUAAUCAGACAAAUAGGCAAGAGUCAAGAAGAUGGGAGAGCAGCUGUGGAGUUUGGAAGACUAUUUGAACAUUAUGUCACAAUCUCUAAUAAGGUUGUCGGAGUUCUGCUUCGUGCCCGGAGGCAGGGACUGGUUCACUUUGAGGGGGAGAUGCUGUGGCAAGGAAGAGAUGACCAUGUGCUUAUCAUGCUGCUUUAACCAUGCAGUAACAGAGCAUACAGAAAAAAAAAACAUGCACUUCUAAAACCACAUGCACUGACUUUAAAAAAAAAUUUAAACAAGGCAACUGAUGUUGCACAAGAAAUUUAAAUAUAACACUAUUUAUUUUAUUGUUUGCACUACACAUUUAUUAACAUGCUUUCAUGGCUCAACAAUGUAUUAACCACAGGUUUUUCAAAACAGCUCUCAGGUUAGAGUACAGCAGUCUUAAAGGACAGGAUGUAAGUAAGCAGUCCUGAUUUCAUUCCACACUUUAUUCUAACCCAAAGAAGCACAUGCAGUGGUACACAAGACAGUUGGGUUUUAUCAUCACAGGUUUUAAAAAGUAAAAAUUCCAUGGCUUUUGUCUACCUGUAAGCUUGUAAUAACUACUGGAAAACCACAAAAUCCUGGCCAUGCAGUUCUAUAAUUUUAUAUUCUAAUUUAUUGUGAAGGAAUGAUGUUUUAUAUUCUAAUUGAUUGUGAAGGAAUGAUCUGCAGCAUUCUCAAAUACUUUACACACUAUUCUAUGGAAAAACAAUCAGUACAGCAGUGUUCUCUCACACCUGGAUGCAUCUGUUCCUUGUGUUGAUUUCCAUGUGUAUAUAUACACACAUCCUGUUCACCAAUUGCCCCGUUUCUUGUUACAUUUCUGAAACAUAUUAGUGGGCUCUUUCGAAUUCCUGCAGUGUAGUCUGCUUCAACAUUAUUUUCAUUUGUCUAAGCCUAUUUGGGGUUGUUGCCUGGUUUGUUUGAUUUCCUCUUUUUACCCUUUGCCUUUGUGGUUGACCUGGUACUUUCUCUCAGCACUUUAUCAUUUUAAUUGGAAAAAUGGCUGUCUGCCUGUUUAGGUGACCUGUGCU